CGUCAAAAAAAAAUAUGAAUAGACGCAUUUCAAUUCAAUAGUCAACAAGUUCAUUCAAGAUAAAAACGCAACUGUUGAACUGCCGUUAGAUUAACACGUCGAGGAGGUGAACUUCCAGGAAUUUAUCCUGAAUUCUGUUUCGAUGGAACAGUCGCCAAGACGUUUCACGUGCAAGAGGCCAAGGAGAAGUGAAUUCGCGCUGUCUGAAGUAACGGACGCUUUGAAAAACGCUGUCAUCAACAACAACAACAACAGUCCUUCACCUGCGAUUACGAAACCCGUCCGAGGCAGCAUGCCUGUCCCAGGGACGCAGAAUAAAACCUGCAUCGAGAUCUCAAUCGACUUCCCAGAUGUGUUGUCCAACAUUACGUGUUCUGAACUUCUCAUUGAACUUGUCAAAUACAUUUUGUUCAUGAAAGAACAAAUUCCCUACCAGUACAACCAGUUGAAGGACGGGGUGGACAGAAAAAAGAGAUGGGAUUCAGAAAAGCUCAAAGUUUCAUCAUCAUCUGUGGCAGUUGAUAAGCCAACAGCUAUUUUGGCUGAAAAACACUACAGGAAAGCUUGCAAAGCCAUCGAGGUUUUAGAAAAAACGUUCGACAGUAUUAGGCAGGAGGUAGGCACUGCGGACAAAUUUGCAGUAGUGAUUGGAGCCACUGUAGCCUCUCCUCAAGAAUUAUAUCUAGUUGAGUUGCCGCAACUAUUGCAAGUUCCACAAGGAUCUCCUCCUUCCAGGAGAUGUCUCACCCGACUGAUCAGGGAAUUGAUGGCCUCGGAAGGAAUUCAAAAGCUCUUGGGAAAGUCUUCACACCCUACAAACACAUUCCUCCUUAUGCACAAGACUGGCUCCAGUGAAAACUCGAACUUUGAACCAAAACCCAACUACUCCUUGCCACAGAGGACUAAACGUGUUGUGAUCAAAUUCAAGCAGCCACCGAACGUGGAGAAACCUAGCAACUUCCAGAUUUACAGUGAUGACGAGUCUGAGAAAAUGGAGUGUGAAUCGCAGUUGAGCAGAGGUAUUUGGUUCCAACCUAAAUCAUUUGUCACUGGCUUCAAAGACUGCUGGAUUGGAGAUGAGUGUGCCACAAAUAUUUGGAUGAAAGUCUGAUUCAUAAGAAAAUGGUUCAAAACCGCAGCAUUAAAGUUACGAUUCUGCUAGGCUCGUAGGCUCCUUAAUUUAAUGCAGUUCAGUGAUCCUUUUGAACAGAAAAUCUUCAAGGGUGUAUGCAUAAUUUCAUCGACCAUAAAACUCGAAAACAAAGAUGCUCACGCACCAAGAGAAUCUGGAUUAAUUUUGGUGUUUUGAUAAUACUUUUUUAUAAUUUUGGCUUUAGAGUCAACUUUUCUGCUAUGCAUCUCAAUAGGGAAUGGUAAGAGACAAAGAGCAGAUCUCAUUUAUGAUUUUAUACAUAUUCAAAAUUAACUGUAAGUAUGGUUAAGGUACAUAAAGCUGUCAGAUGUCUAUUUCGUCCAGUGCUUUUAAUUUUGGUUGAAACACAUAAUCAGAAUUAUAUUAAGCCGUAAAUAAAUUUUCGCGGGUCGCAAUGUGAUGCUGUUCUAUGUGCAUUAUCAUCCAAAAUGUACUUCAAUAAAUCGAAAAUUUCCUCAA